CUGCCAGCGCUCCACUCUGUUCUCGUUGUGCCCGUUGCACGACAUGCACCGCUGCCCGUUUGAGACGAACGUGCAACGCGAUCACGGAGGCGUAGGGCGGUGACUUUUCCUCCUUCUGCUCCCCAUUUGCCGGGUGGCUCUUCUCUCUGUCACACAGCUCUCCCACCAUCUUUUCCUUUCUGUAUCCUUCUCCGACCCAUAUGUCGCUGGUGGCAGACAUGAGCUCACACGACCGAGGGAGGGCGAAUAGUGCCAUUCGAGAUGUAUCUCCGGUGGGCGCAUCUCGCUUCGAGAAACCAUACAAUCCUCCUCCAGAGGUCAGGACAGUGAAGACCAACCACACAUCGGCUGCCAGUCCCACGACGCCCAACAGUGCUGGCACCAAUUACAGCAGCUUCAGCAAGUUCUCGAGGCACACCGCUGCCGAUUCUGUCUUCUCAAACCAGACGAUGGAGACCACGGCAACAUCAGCGCCCUCGAUCGUGUCGGGGGACGCAGGCUCAACAACGAGAGACAAGCAACUGGAUGUUGUCUCUCCCGACGAUUGGUUCGCUCGAUUUCACUCCGAUGACGAUAUUGGUGCAGCGGUCUCAGACGAAUGUCCCGAUCGAGCGACCCUCGCAGCAGUUCACGAUAUUCCGAUAUACAAUGCGGAGGGGAAAGGCAUGCCCUUCGGCUCGCUCUACGAUCCCGCGACAGCUACACAUCAACGACAGUUGAUCAUUUUCGUGCGGCAUUUCUACUGUGGAGCUUGUCAAGCAUACCUCCAAGCUCUCACAGAAUCGAUCAGCAUGCGAGAAUACUUCUCGAUCCCAAUCCCCACAUCAAUCAUUGUAAUCGGAUGCGGCAAACCUGAUUUGAUUGCGCACUACAAAAAGUUCACGAACUGUCCCUUCCCGAUGUUCGCGGACCCUUCGAGAAUGCUCUUCAGAAAGCUAGGAAUGAAUAUCAGUUUCAAUAUCGGAAGCUCGCGACCCGAGUACAUGCAAGAUAUCAGCCCUGUCGCGUGGGCGAACGGACAAGUCAAGCAGAUCAAACAAAGCUUGGGCGAUCCUGAGGGUAUUCGGAAGAGGGAUGUGAUUCGAGGCGGGAAUCCCUUCCAGAUUGGAGGCGAGUUUUUGUUUGAAGAUGGACAAGCGAUUUGGUGUCAUCGGAUGAAGAAUUACAGAAAUCAUGCCGAAGUCAAGGUUUUGAGGAAGUUGUUGGAGCUGGAUGAGUGACAAUCAACGAGGGCUUCUUCGAUUUCGGAUGGAGGAGCAAAUGAUGAUCGUGAAGAGCAGGAGCAGGAGGCUGGGUAUAGCAGGGUUGCAUCGCUGAUUGAGGGCUAUGGGAGUGCGCCUCCGUCCUCUCGCGGCUCUGAUACUGGGUCGACGGAGACUGUGAUGCCAGAUCGGACAGAAAACCCUGGAUGAAGCAGGAUCACGUUCCACGCAUAGUGAAGCACUAAGAUCUGGCCCAAAUCAGAUCUUGCCCGCCGGUUGGACUGUACGAUGUGGCAUGACGGCCCCGCAAAGAUCUGGCGGAUGCAUAUCCACGCCCGUUGAAAGCAAACAAUUUGCAAACAGCACCCCCUAGACAGAGCCUCAGCGCCCACUUCGAGCCAUCUUGGGCUCAGGAUUGAGGGACAGCAUCGUGCGCUGGAGCUCCGCCUGACAUACAAGUCUGGCGUACUUAGGUGCAGAACACUUCGCCAUGCCAUUGGAAUACUGAGGAGCAAUCUGGGAGACCGAAUAUUCAAGAAGCUGUCACAUUGAACGUGAGCCUAUAUCGACCUGGCAGUCGAGCGAACUUGAUGAGACGGCAGUUGGGAGUGGGACGAGACGGCCACACGGGACAAACGGAGGUCUAGAGUGAUAGAACACAGAAAGCAGAAGACAGCAGCUUUGAGAUAUUGGGGAUCAACAGUGUUGUGCACACAUACCCAGCAGUAUAGCAUAUUGCACACCGAUCUGGAUUAUCCGCGACCAUAGUGCCUUGAAGAA